AUGAGCAGUUACUCAAAACGCUGCAGCUCCAGUGAGGACAGCUUUGAGUUACAGGGCAGCACAAGGUCAGAAGCUAAAAGCUUUGUUAAAAGCAAAAAUAAGGAUGAAGGCUAUCGACCCCAUCGAUCAAAGCACUGUCAGAAAGGGGGUGAAAAAACUCACGGACUGGAACACUCUUCCCUGUACCCUGCAGAAGUGGGAAACACAAGCCAAAAGCUCCAGAGGCAGAAGAAGACCCACAAGAAAAGCAGCUCCUCUACAUCUGACUUGAGCUUGGUGAGUCAAGGAUCAUCAAGUUCAUUGUCUGUUGUGGAAGAAAAAAUUGAAGCUAAACUCAAAUUCUCUCAAUUUAUUAAUGAAGUUACUUUCAGAGUGCUUGAUCCCAUGAGCCUGAGGGCAUACCGAGCGGCUAAACUGAAAAAUACCUUUCCAUCCAGCGUGAGAAGCCUAGAUGAUUUUCAAAUUAAGAUAAAGUCUCCUGAAAACUGGAAAGAAAACAUUCUAGAUGGGAAGACCCAUGAAGAAGCAGACCUAGAGACUCUGAGAGGUGACGACAUCGUGGCUGGAGCACGACCACACAAAUUAGAGAAAUCGUUGUCCCUGGAUACAAGUCCCUCUCUCAGGUCAUUUGAUAAUGGUGUCUCAUGCAGGACAAGACCUGGCUUGCCAGUAGAAAUUAUGAUUUCUCAAAGCAAAGGAAUGCCAGCCACAAAAUCUGCAUCUCUUCCUAGAAGUACAAGCAUGGCCUCUGCGGCAGAAAUGGAGAAAAUAAGGGUACGAAAUUCCUGGGUGCCAACCUGCCUAUGGCAACCUAGAAUUCUCCAGGGCAGGCUCGCAAAAUCUUCACCUACUCUCUGGGACAGUACUUUGCAAGAACAGAAGGGGGAAUUACGAAAGCGCCUAUCGUACACUACCCAUAAGCUGGAAAUGCUUGAAACAGAGUUUGACUCUACACGUCAGUAUCUUGAAAUAGAAUUGAGACGUGCUCAGGAGGAACUUGAAAAAGUAACUGAAAAACUGAGAAGGCAGGUGAUUACUCCCCUGAAGACAUAUCAUAAUGGAAGCCAAAAAUAUUUUACGAGGAUACAAAACAAUUACCUAGCCUUACAAAGAAUUAAUCAGGAUCUGGAGGAUAAACUUUACAGAAUGGGUCAACAUUACGAAGAGGAAAAACGGGCUUUGAGCCAUGAAAUAAUUGCACUCAAUAAUCACUUAAUAGAAGCCAAGGUGACAAUAGAUAAGUUGUCAGAAGACAAUGAGCUCUACAGGAAGGACUGCAAUUUGGCUGCUCAGCUUCUCCAGUGCAGCAAGAACUAUGACAGGGCACAUAAACUUUCAGAGUUGCCAACUGACUUUCAGGAGAGGGUCAGCAUCCACCUGGAAAAACAUGGGUGCAGCCUUUCUGUCCCCUUGUGCCACACCUCUUACGCCGAUACCAUUCCCACCUGCGUCAUCGCCAAAGUACUGGAGAAACCCGACCCACACAGCUUGUCCUCACACCUGUCAAGCCCAUCCACCAGGGAUCUCAAUUUCCAGGACUCUGCUGGAAAAGUCGGACAGAGACCCCAGUACAAGUCUGACAUCUACUGCAGUGACACGGCCCUUUACUGCCCCGAGGAGAGGAGGAGGGAGAGGCGGCCGAGUGUGGACACGCAGGUGAAAGACGUGGGGUUCUUGCGCUCCCAAAACUCCACGGACAGCACUGUGGAAGAGGAUGGUUUCCACUCCAGCUUCUCCCACGAAGCCUUCCCAGAGUACAUCACCUCUCUGCCAACCUCCAGCUCCUACUCCAGCUUCAGCGUCACGUCUGAGGAGAAGGAGAACGCCCAAGCCAACACGCUGACAGCCUCCCAGCAGGCCAUCUACAUGAGCAACCGCGAGGAGCUGUUUGAGAGGAAGUCGCCCGCGGGUUACGAGCCCCAGGGGAGCCCCAGGUUCGCCAAGCCCAAACCCGCGCAGCACGCCGAGCUCGCUGACGACAACGAGAACUCGCCCGCUUUUACCAGGACUCUGCCUCCAUAUGCAAACGAACCUUUUCAUUUCUCAGCCAUAACACCCCAGCAGGCUCUGGCAAACCAGAAAAUGAGGAAUGAGUGCAGGAGCACCCACCUUUCAGAAGAAGACUUGCCAGGGCGGUGGAGGCAGCUGAGCGUGGAGGACAUUGGAGCGUACUCCUACAGGAACGCUGGCCGGCUGUCGCCCUGCAGUUUCUCAGAGCAGUACUACAGCAGCCCCAUCAAGAAAGGGGACAGUCGAACAAGCCCCAUCUAUGCUAGUUACAAAGCAGACAGCUGCUCGGAGGGAGAUGACAUCUGCCAAAGCAGACUUGUGGAUUCUUGCUUCCUGAGAACAGACAGUGGCCUGAACAUUGACAUCAGCACGAGCUGUAAACAGGACAAAUUGCCCACUUACAAAACAAAAGAAUCGAGAGACCAAAAAAACGAAAGGAUCACUGUCCAGUUAUGCAGUAGCAAAAACAUCGAGAAUAGCCCGGUAUUGAAAAGAGAAUACGUGGACGUGAGCCCCAACAGCUCAGCAGAGUCACUCAAUCAGAGCUCAGUGGAGGCUCCAGAAAUCCACCAGUCUUCCAUGGAUCAAGGAAGCCAUGCGGGUGUUCACGGCAAGCAGCCGCAGUUCCAGCGGACGGGGAGCACUGGCCUGAGUCGGAAGGACAGCCUUACAAAAGCACAGUUAUACGGAACCCUUCUGAACUAGGCUCCCCCCCACGUGGCAAUAAGGCAGCAAACAAAAGGAAGGACAGAGCAUUUGAUACUCCUAGUGAACAAUAGGGUUCCAAGAAACAGGAUUAUUAUGGAAUAUAUAUUCAUAACGGUACUAUAUGUUUAAAACAAAAUCUCUUCAAAAACGUUAUACAGCACUUUUCACUUGACGUCCUUUCCACAUGGGAGACUGCCCCCUCCCCUCUUUUAUAAACCUGAAAUAUUUUUAUAAACAAAAAUGUAUUUAUUAGACUAUCCUAAGCUAUUUGAGCAGAAUUCUUUUCCCUUCAAGCAGGUUUCUUAUUUAUUUUUGUGCAUGAGGCCAUCUGUGCCUAAAUUCUUGGAGGAAAAGGGUAAAAUCAUGAUGACAGUGACAAAAAAAUAAACCCACCUGACAAAAUACCAUAAAAUGUCAUGUGAAAUCAAAAAAAAAACAAGAAUGGUGAAUUUCAAGAAGUAUAUUUUUUAACAAGAAUGGAAUUGUAUCUUAAGUUAUUUCAUACAAAUGUAUUUAUGAGUGACUAAUGUAUGCACAAAGUGAUACUAAUAUUUUGUUCUUUUAAUCC